AUGAUUACAAACAUCAAAAAUAAACAUGAUAAUAUCGAAUUUGCUUGUUUCUUUUUUCAGAUUAUUUGUGGUCUGAGCCUCCUAGUUUUAGUCGCUGAAUCGGCGAAGCAUCAUCACAAACCAGCGUUUUCAUCACAAUAUCUCUAUAAACAUGACGGCCAUGCACAGAAAACUUUUAUUUAUGUGCAUGAAAAGCCAAAGAAACACAAACAUGACGAGCCAAAUGAUGGCUCUUACGAAGAGCCAACAUUUUUUGAGGGAUCACCAGAAGAAGAAGGGCCUACAUUCAAUGCUCCAUCAAAUGAAGGGCCUAUUGUGAAUGGGGGUCUAACAGUAGUUGAAGGACCUAAAUUUGGAGCACCGACAUACGAAGGCCCAGUUGAAGGACAAACAUUUGGGGGCCCAUCACUUGGGCCACCAACAUUCAGUGUACCAACGUUUAUCACACCGAAUUUUGGAGGUAACUCUUUUGAAGGAGCGUCUAAUGAGGAACAAAGUGAAGAAGAUGUCAGCCACGAUGGGCACAAAAAACACAAAAAGCACAAGAAACAUGAAAAGCACGUCGAUUACUACACACACCCAAAAUACAAGUUCGCCUACAAAGUAGAAGAUGAGCACACUGGUGAUAAGAAGUCCCAACAUGAGCAUCGUGAUGGUGACAAGGUGAAAGGUUUCUAUGAACUGCAUCACCCUCACGCGGGACACAGGCAUGUUCAUUAUCACGCUGACAAGCACAGUGGUUUCCAUGCUGACGUGAAGCAUAGCACACACCACGUGGUGCCGAAACAUCAUCAUUAAACUAAAUACUUAUUGUUAACCUUAAGUAGUUAAUUAAUCUGUGAUUUUAAGUUUAAUUUUACGAUGAAAUAUAUUUGCACUGACUAUGUUUUUAUAAUUAAAUAAGUAUAAAAGUAA